AAAUUUUAAAUUAUGUAAAUUCAAAGUUUUUUGUUUGUUUUUUAAAAAAUGAGGACGUGGACAAUUAGCUCAGUUCAUUAGUGUGGUGCUCAUUAAAAAAAAGAGGGAUAUGAUUAUAGAGUUCUAUCCAAGAUACAUGGAAUACCUAGGGCUAGUACAGAUGUUUAGUAGUCUAGGUAUAUCACUACGGUGGAAGUAAAAUUAGAAGUAAAUCCAAGACUAUGAAAGGAUCUAAAGUGUGAUAUGAAUGGAGAGGAUCUGGUAUAAUCCAGGUCUCUGCUAACAUCUACAGAGCCACAGAGCUGUUACCACAGAAGACAGUGUAAAUCUAUCCUAGACAUGUCUAAUCGAAGAUGAUGCCAGGACCUGUGCACAUACCACACCCUGCAAGCAUCCUCGAGUUCAAAUCACUGUUGCAGUUUCCAGUUUGAAAUGCCAGUUAUGUGUGUGACUGUUUCUCCUAUCUGACAAAUACCUACAAGGACUCCACAUUUAUGUUUUAAAAUCUGUCUGUGGCACAAAAUAAGAGUCUAAAAAUGAUUUCAAUGCCUUGAUGUCUUCACAUAAUUUCCACCGAAUAAUACUAAUUUCAAAAGCAAAUAGAAGGCAAAAGCAAUCAGCUAAAGGAGGUCAAAAGAAACGAAGUGGAAAGCCCUCCCCAUUCUGGGGGUGGAGAUUUGCUCUACAAAGCUUCUUGUCACCCCAGAGCCAGCUAGAGCAGUUGGUGCUUCUGCCUUCCACGUGACGUGUGUUGAGUUGCAGCGGAAAGGAAAUGUGUCAUCUGUGGUUUGGUUUGAAAAGUGGAAAACUAGCUGUACGCAUCCUCCUAAAAAACUGCAGAUUUCAGUUUUGUAGUCUUCAAACUGUUCUACUUUAAGUAAGAAAAGAAGAAAAGAAGUGGCUGAUUAAAUAAAGAGUGUGGCAGAGCAUUUGUAAGAUACCAGUAUACCAGUGGGCAUGGAACAUACAGGACAGUACCUGCGUCUCUUUUUCCUGAUGACAACAGUGUGUACCUUGCCUCCAGGAACAAAAGCAAACUAUACACAUCUGUUGGCUGACAAUGUCCCUGCUUGGGGCUCUGGUAAUGAAAACAGCACGAGCAGACAUCAAAGUGAGAGGAGUGCAGACCCUGUCAGCCCUACAGUGGAUCACAGAGUGAGCUCCACAGGCAUACUUGCAUCAUCUCCCGCUGUGUCUUUAACCCAGACACCUACAUCGAAGUCCUCCGGGCCCCACGUCUUCAGAAACAGUUCUCCAACAGCAGAGAUCAUUGAAAGCACAAGCAAAAGUCAUGGGGAAACUUUUAAAAAGGACGUCUGUGAGAAAAACAACAGCAACAUGGCCAUGCUAAUUUGCUUAAUUGUAAUUGCUGUACUUUUUCUUAUCUGUACACUUCUAUUUCUAUCAACUGUUGUUCUGGCAAACAAAGUAUCAUCUCUCAGAAGGUCAAAACAAGUAGGCAAGCGCCAGCCUCGGAGCAAUGGUGACUUUCUGGCAAGCAGUGGGCUCUGGACUGCGGAAUCGGACACUUGGAAAAGAGCAAAAGAGCUCACAGGCUCCAAGCUCCUGAUGCAAUCUACUGGUGUACUCCCAGCUACCAGGGAAAGGAAGCAUGAAGAAGGAACUGAAAAACUCAACUAGACCACACGGAAAGGGAAAUGCAGAGCAGCAAUGAGGAAGGCUGGAUUGAAAAGAAAGUUGGCUGGUGGUGGUAUUUAACACCAAUUGUUUGUUCAGAUGUCUGAUGAAAAAAUCUGACGUGUAGUUUAGCAUCAAAAAAAAAAAAAACAGAAAGGAAAAUAUAUGUCUGCUGAA